AUGGAUCUCAGCACGACGCCCAGAAGGGCCACGGAGGGCGUCGGCGACCUGCAGAAGACCAGAGUAGCGAAGAGCGUCUUCAGUAUCCGCAGCCUCGUCGACGUCGAGGAAGCGGAACUGCCCGCGCAGGAUGACGAGUGCUCGCCAAGAUCGACGCGACGCGCGGGUGAACCGCCGGAUAAGGUGCGAGAGGUGUCAGGCAAAUCUCGCGAAAACGACUUCGACGCCGAGGGCGGAAUUCUGGAGGAAGACGAAGGGACGUCACUCGAAGUAACCCUGUCGACGCACCAAGAUCAGUCGUCGCGAGGAGGCAGCGAGCAGGCCGUCCCGCAGACGAGUCCUGCGAGCAGCACGAGUAGCUCGAGCCAGGUGACUCAGGUGAGCCAGCAGGUGAGCCAGCAAUCUCACCCGCAACCUCACCAGCAAUCGGCGCCAGCAUCAACGACGACAACGCCUCAGACCACUCAAAUGGGCAUCUCCACGGAGGAGGUGAGGCCCGAGGAAGAGGGCUCCCAUCCGCGAGCGGCGCCAACCAGCCCCGAGAGCGAGGCGGAGGCCGACGACUUCGCGCCCAAGAGAAAGCAACGCCGCUACAGGACGACCUUUACCAGCUUCCAGCUGGAGGAACUCGAGAAAGCCUUCUCCAGGACACACUACCCGGACGUGUUCACGAGGGAGGAGCUCGCCAUGAAGAUCGGCCUGACGGAGGCACGGAUACAGGUCUGGUUCCAGAACCGGCGAGCCAAGUGGCGCAAGCAGGAGAAGGUCGGGCCCCAGGGGCAUCCCUACACCCCGUACGCACCACCGUCGGCGGUCGUGGCGCCGACCUUGCCGAACCCCUUUGCCCACCUGGUCAACUUCCCGCACAGGAAGCCCUUCGACGCCUUUCGCUACCCGCCGCUGGGUCAUGGCCCGGUGCUCCCCGGUAGUUACGGCGCGCAUCCCUAUCAUCGGGCACCGCCGCCGCUGCUGCCACCCGGAAUGCCGUUGUCGUACACGUCCGCUGCUUCCUUCCAAAGCCUAUUGGCGAACAUAUCGGCAGCGCAGCGACCGAAGCUGGUGCGAGGUUCUCCGCCCCCGCCGCCACCACCCGCACCAGCGAUCGCCCUGCCGCAUCCCCCGGUGGCACCACCACCGCCGCCUCCACCGACGGCCACCUCACCGCAGGGCUCACCCACGGGCAGUGUGGGCUUGCCAGACAUCGACAGGAGGACCAACAGCAUCGCCUCGCUGAGACUCAAAGCCCGCGAGUACGAGCUGCAUCUGGAGAUGUUACGUAAGAACGGGGAUCUCAUAAGUUGAGGAGACGCCACCGAUCGGAGCGAGAGAGUCCGUCUUGGAUCGGUUCGGACGGUCGCGGAUGGGUAACCGGAUUAUAAAUUUCGGAUAAGGAAUGUCGCGAGAUAUCGAGAGGAUUCAAUGUUAUGGUGGUCUCAGGGUUCGGAUCAGAACUUGUUCGAUGCGACGUGCGCAGUCUGAAUAAAAUAUCGAUGUAUUAUGCAAUCUUGUAUAUUAUCUAUUAAUUUUCAAUCAUGUAAUACUGAUCUUCAUCGAUCAAGUUUUGAUCCAAUGUCUUGGUCGAUCCAUUGUCGAUAAUUGUGAAACGCUUUGAAGUGCGAUGGAGAAUUCGUGGCGAAUGAUGGCUAGAUAACUGUAUUGCUGAUGUAGCAGACGUUCAACGCAUUUGUCGAUCGAAGCAGAUUUUCAGCAUUGAGAAGUAAAAUAUAUGAUUUGUUUUAUCAUUGUUGUCUAUGAUCGAAUUCACGAUAUAUAAAUUUAACGUACGAGUAUUAUACUUCCGGUAUAUUUUAUAUUGUAUUGCAAAAGAAUUCUAUAAUCUUUCACUUUCUAAUCUAUAAGUGACAAAUUGAAAGAGACGUCUGUGAUCAUUUUUUGUUUAAAACUAUCACUCACCUCUUGGAAUUGAAAUUGUUAAUUAGAAGAAAAUUGCAAUACGAUUUCGUCAAUUUGCUUUUGUUCAUCAUUCCUCAUUAUGCACAACAUCGCAACAAGAGGUAACGGGGAACGCAUACAUAAAUGAGAGGA